UCUCUCUAGAAUAUUCUCCUUCUUGGACAUCGUAACUCUAUGCCGAUGUGCACAGAUCUCCAAGGCCUGGAACAUCUUAGCCCUGGAUGGCAGCAACUGGCAACGGGUGGAUCUUUUUAACUUCCAGACAGAUGUAGAGGGCCGAGUGGUGGAAAACAUCUCCAAGAGGUGCGGUGGCUUCCUUAGAAAGCUCAGCCUGCGUGGCUGCAUCGGAGUCGGGGACUCCUCUUUGAAGACCUUUGCACAGAACUGCCGAAACAUUGAACAUUUAAACCUCAAUGGCUGCACAAAAAUCACUGACAGUAUGUCUGCCUCGUUUCAGCACGUGUUACAGCCUUAGCAGAUUCUGUUCCAAGCUGAAACACCUGGAUCUCACGUCCUGCGUGUCUGUUACCAACAGCUCUUUAAAGGGCAUCAGCGAGGGCUGCCGGAACCUGGAAUAUCUGAACCUCUCCUGGUGUGACCAGAUCACAAAGGAAGGCAUUGAGGCGCUGGUGCGGGGGUGCCGGGGUUUGAAAGCCCUGCUCCUGAGGGGUUGUACACAGUUAGAGGACGAAGCUCUGAAACACAUUCAGAACCACUGCCACGAGCUGGUGAGCCUCAACCUGCAGUCUUGCUCACGCAUCACUGAUGAUGGCGUGGUGCAGAUCUGCAGGGGCUGCCACCGGCUACAGGCUCUGUGCCUCUCGGGUUGUAGCAACCUUACGGAUGCAUCUCUCACAGCCUUGGGCCUGAACUGCCCCAGACUACAAGUUUUGGAGGCUGCCCGGUGCUCCCAUCUGACCGAUGCAGGCUUUACACUGCUAGCUCGGAAUUGCCAUGAGCUGGAGAAGAUGGACCUUGAAGAAUGUGUCCUGAUUACCGACAGCACCCUCGUCCAGCUCUCCAUCCACUGUCCCAAGCUUCAAGCCCUGAGCUUGUCCCACUGUGAGCUCAUCACAGACGAGGGGAUCCUGCACCUGAGCAGCAGCACCUGUGGGCACGAGAGACUCCGGGUGCUGGAGCUGGACAACUGCCUUCUUGUCACGGACGCCUCGCUGGAGCAUCUGGAGAACUGCCGAAGCCUGGAGCGACUGGAGCUUUACGACUGCCAGCAGGUCACCCGUGCAGGCAUCAAGCGCAUGCGGGCUCAGCUUCCUCAUGUCAAAGUCCACGCCUACUUUGCUCCAGUCACCCCUCCACCAGCAGUGGCAGGAAGUGGACAUCGACUGUGCAGAUGCUGUGUCAUACUCUGACAGCAGCUGCUUAGGCCACGGGCCCCAUCCUCCAGGUUAGACCAGUCUCCUGGCUGUUCCAUCAUCACCCAAUCUCGACUCUCCAUGGUGAAAACAUUACAGGUAAAAGACUUCAGCACAGAUUACAGUAACUGGUGAUGCUAUUCACCUUAACACUGCUAGGAUACAAGCAAAUCCAGGUCUGUGUCAUCCACAGCGAGAGUGGUGUGGUGCAACCUAGAGCCCAUCAGAGGUGGGUACCUAUGUAUACAAGCCCCACCUGGCUUUGUCAGCAUUCUACAUAUACACCUUCAGUGUUUGCACAACUUGAGCAGAGUAAAAGAGCCUGCUGGUUUCUACCUGAUCCUUAAGCCAGUGGCCGAAUGUAAUGCAUAGCAAUUUCUAUCCAUCUGCAGGACUUGUCCACUUUGAAGACUAAAUAGCACCUUUAUGAACGUGAUUGUACUGCAAACUCAGAAUGGCUGGUAGUUUCAUAUGUAGAAAUGUGUGUGAAAGGCAUGUUAACAUACUUCCAUAAGACACCAAAGAAACAAGGCCUCUAAGCUGGGUGAGGCAGGAUCUUCACCUUUCUGUUUGUGUCAACUCGUCAUACCCAACCUCCCCCCCCCCCAGCCCUUGCAUUGAUCCGCUGGGAAUUAUGAGCUCUGCCAGAUUCUACAGCACACAGUGCAUUUCUGUUAAAGGAAAAAGCCAAUUAUGUCCAUCCACACUUCUCAAAAAAUUUGCGGGAACCUUAAGCAAAUCCAGAAUUAAGGCUUAAGUUAUCUAUAAUCAAGUAAAAAUAACAAACAGAUGCAUGUAGAAUGGAUGUGUUUUUUUUAUUUACUCUGAAAUUUUAGAAAUCAUAACUGUUUUAAAGCUUGUCAUAUGAAUGAAGUAUUUGCAGCUUCAGACUCACAACACCUCACCUUGCUCACUCGAGUCAGAUUUUUGCAAAUGCAGGCGCUCCUGUCCCUGUCCCAGGAUGCCGUCUUUUACUAUUACGGUGCUGCUGCUCUGUGCCACUGAGACCUCCCACCUUCAAUAUUAAUAAUGGUAGCUGAACCUUCCAGCAACCACUCCCCAACCAGAACUGCAAGAGCGAGCUUCUUCUGCCUCGGUGGACAGCACUUAAGCAUCUGUAUAGAUGCAGUGUCCCCACUGCACUCUGGGAGGGAAAGCAGAUGCGAACGACUCCUUGUAAGGAGUACUGUGAUAUGAAAGGUUCGGCUGCCUCCUAUUAUGUUGCUGUACAACUAUCACAACAGCAACUUAACUGUAGCGCUGUGUGGAGGGUGGGGCAUGACUGAUGGAGGAGCUGCUAAGUAAGCACCGCCUAGACCUGCUCCAAUGACUCGUGAAACUCACUUCUAUGAAAUACCCUUAGACAACUAUGGAAUUUUUUCUGAGCUAGAAUGAUGUGACUUCGAGCCUGAUCUGUCUCCUCUAAGUAUGCAGCAGGCACUUAGUGUAACUACGUAUCUUGAGUUGCAUCACCUCUGUGGAAAUCGGAGUGACAUCUUACACCAUGCACAUCGAGGCCAACCCUUGAGUCCAUGUGACCUCAGAUGACAACUGUGCAGCUUAGAUUUGAAAUGAGUGACACAUUUACAAAACAAUCAGAAAACAUUUAUUACACUGAACU